AUGGCAUCGAUAGUAGGGGAAACACUCAAGGCACACUGGUGUCCUCAGUGCAGGGAGUUCGAUCCUGAACUCAAGAGGUUCUACGAGACGGUAAACGGAGGCGGGGAGAAGCGAUUCGAGAUUGUCUUCGUUAGCUCGGAGGAAAGCGAGGCAGCGACCAAUGAGACGCACAACAAGUAUCAUGGCGACUGGCUUGCAGUACCCUACGGCUCCUCCUUGAGGAACGAAUUGAAACGCAAGUUUGGGGUCUGCGCCGGCAAGGAACAGGCAGCUGUUAAGGUGAACCCAAGAAGGAGCGGCAUCCCAACGCUCCUCGUGCUCAAGGAGGAUGGGUCAGAGCUGACCAUAGACGGGGCCUCGGAGAUCUCUUCGGGCGUGAAGGCGUUCGAGAGCUGGCUCAAGGCGUCUGGGAGAUGA